UGUUUGUUGUUGUUGUCGUUAUUGAUGAGGUUUCGAUUAGUUCGUCAACAUAUUUAUAUCUGUGUUUAUUUGCAGGUCGUAACAACACAAAGGAAAGUCAAUACUCCCAAAUGUACGAAGCACCAGAAGCUGAAGAAGAAGACGAAAAAGAACGAGCUUUCAGCGCGCUCGAACACACCCCUGAAAACACAUACCGUAACCAUCGCUACUCGAGAAGGUACAAUAGCUAUGGCGGUAGUUACAGAUCCUACCACACGCGGUACCACGACGCUUAUAACCGAGGAGAAGCGGGAGAUAGUCCUUACACCACUACCAAGAUCAACGUAUGAAAGGGUUUUUGCCAUGAAAAACAGCGACGCGGGGGACAACGGGUGUCUGGACAGAACGCCAUAUUUGAUUAUGUGAUUAUGGACAACGUACCACCAUUGGCGAGCAGACGACACAGAAUGCCGUUGACUGUUAGGAUUACACACGUGCGCGCGCACACACACAUCCACACACACACACAUAUUCAUGCACACAAACACACACGACAUAUCCGCAUGCAUAUACAUAUACUUGCAAUCAUAUACGCACACUGACAAAUACACA